CGACCUCUGGCCGGGCACUGACCCCUGGCCGGGCACUGACCCCUGGCCGGGCACUGACCCCUGGCCGGACACUGACCCCUGGCCGGGCACUGACCCCUGGCCAGGCUCUGACGCCGCCCCCCCGCAGGCUGCCCCAGGGCCUGGUGUGCCUCAACUCGCUGGAGCUGCCCGAGCCCCUCGGGGGCAGCGCCUGGGGGGCCGCGGACACCGACCUGGAUGAGGCGCUGCGAGAAUUCGGGUGCCCCCCCUGGGAAGAGCCCCCCAAGGUGGAUGAGCCGCUCAGCUCGCCGGUGACCGUGGAUGACCCCGGCGAUCCCGAGCUGGCCCAGGCCGUGGCCGCCGCCCGCGGGGCCGCCCCGGGGUGGGGGCGGCUGCCGGGGGCGUCGCGGGCCCGGGUGCUGCGGGGGGCGGCGGCGGCGCUGGCGGGGGGAGCCGGGACCCCCGGGGACGGCGACAGCGGCGACAGCGGCGACAGCGACCGGAGCCUGCAGGGGGCGCUGCUGCGCUGGGCGGAGCGAGCCGAGCGCGCGGGCGGGGCCGUGCAGGAGGUGCCCGGGGGGCGGGGCCUGCUGACGAGGCGGCCGCUAGGAGUGCUAGGCGUGGUCUGGGGCUGGCCCCGCCCCCUGGCGCUGGAGCUCCUCCCCCCGGCGCUGGCGCUCGGAAACUCCGUCGUGGUGGUGGCUCCCCCUGGCGGCCUUGGCGCCGCACAGCGGCUACGGAAGGUGCGGAACGGGGGCCCCCCUGUGCCCCCUCGGGUUCACCCCUGUGCUCCCCCGGACCCCCCUGUGCCCCCCCCGGGGGGGACAUGA